AUUUUUCUGUUACUGUUUUUGAUUGUUAAUGAGUUCAGAUUCUUUCUGUUACUGUUUUUAAUUGUUAAUAAGUUCAGAUUAUUUCUGUUACAGUUUUUGAUUGUUUAUGAGUUCAGAUUCUUUCUGUUACAGUUUUUGAUUGUUUAUAAGUUCAGAUUCUUUCUGUUACAGUUUUUGAUUGUUAAUGAGUUCAGAUUAUUUCUGUUACUGUUUUUGAUUGUUUAUGAGUUCAGAUUCUUUCUGUUACUGUUUUUGAUUGUUAAUGAGUUCAGAUUAUUUCUGUUACAGUUUUUGAUUGUUUAUGAGUUCAGAUUAUUUCUGUUACAAUUCUUUCUGUUACUGUUUUUGAUUGUUAAUGAGUUCAGAUUAUUUCUGUUACAGUUUUUGAUUGUUAAUGAGUUCAGAUUCUUUCUGUUACUGUUUUUGAUUGUUUAUGAGUUCAGAUUCUUUCUGUUACUGUUUUUGAUUGUUUAUGAGAUCAGAUUCUUUCUGUUACAGUUUUUGAUUGUUUAUGAGUUCAGAUUCUUUCUGUUACUGUUUUUGAUUGUUAAUGAGUUCAGAUUAUUUCUGUUACAGUAUUUGAUUGUUUAUGAGUUCAGAUUCUUUCUGUUACAGUUUUUGAUUGUUUAUGAGUUAAGAUUCUUUCUGUUACAGUUUUUGAUUGUUUAUGAGUUGACUAGCUCAGACACUUAUAUGGUUUUGAGUUCAGAUACUUGCUGUUACCUAAAUUGA